AAGGUGCAUCUUCUUACCCUCACUACGUCAUUAAAUCCUACAUGCCCCUUCCCCCCUCCUUAUAAAUAGAAAGCCUUUCCUCCGCCAUCAUUUGUUGUACCACCACUAUCCCCAGAACGCAUACUCCCAAAGUCCAAGAGAAACUCCCCUUCUUGCAAUCACCUAGCACAUCCCAACACCUUUUUCACUCAUCUAGGAAAAGUAGUCGGUAGCAUCAAUCUAACGAAGAAAGUCCAAGCAAAAUGAACCAAGCACCAAUCGACCCCAUCUUCAGCUCAAUCAACAAGGCCUUGUAUGACCCUAAGGAAGUCUUAGAGUCGGAGGAGUUCGAAAUCUUGAAUGACCCUGCAAAGGUGCAAGAGUACUCCGAUGCAAAGAAGAACAUUGCUUGCUGUUACAAUGACAAGCAACAGAUUCUUAUGGUGAAGAAGCCGAUGCCUAAACUUCAUCCUGGUCAGGUUUUAUUACACAUCCGCGCAACUGGUAUUUGCGGUAGUGAUGUGCACUUCUGGAAACAUUCGAGAAUAGGAGAGCAGGUGGUGAAGCAUGUGUGCGGCGCAGGUCACGAAUCCGCCGGAGAAGUUAUCGCCGUCGGUGAGGGUGUCACGAACGUUGUAGUUGGUGAUCGAGUAGCCAUUGAAGCGGGUGUGCCGUGUUCCAAACCGACAUGCGAGAUGUGCCGAACAGGUCGAUACAACGCCUGUCCAGACGUCGUAUUUUUCUCCACACCUCCCUACCAUGGUUUGUUGACACGAUACCAUGCCCACCCCGCUUGUUGGGUUCACAAAUUGCCAGACAACGUAACCUAUGAGGAGGGUGCAUUGCUUGAGCCUUUGGUCGUGGCUCUGGCUGGUGUUGAACGGGCCGGCGUAAAGUUAGGAGAUCCAGUCUUGAUCACCGGCACAGGUCCCAUCGGAUUGGUCACUCUACUCGCAUGUCACGCAGCCGGAGCUAGUCCGAUUGCGAUCACCGGAAGAACCGAGAGCCGAUUGGACAUUGCCAAAAAGUUGGUACCCUCUGUCCGUACGGUUCACAUCAAGCCAGGGCAAUCUGAACGAGAACUCGCUGAGCGAGUUGAGGCUGCGCUGGGAGAGAAGCCCAGAGUGGCACUUGAAUGCACCGGAUACCAGUCUUCGGUUAGGUCUGCGAUCUUUAGCGUGAAGUUUGGUGGAAAAGUUUUCGUGAUUGGAUGCGGUGAGGAUGAACAAAUGUUCCCCUUCGCAUACAUGUGCGCCAAUGAAAUCGACCUGCAGUUCGAGUUUCGAUACGCCAAUCAAUACCCCAAGGCCAUCUCCUUGGUCUCCAGUGGUUUGAUCAAUGUAAAACCCUUGGUCACCCAUAGACUUCCGUUGGACAAGGCUAUCGAAGCAUUCCACACCACGGCUGAUUCAGCAUCUGGUUCCAUCAAGGUUCAAAUUUUGGAUUUGUAAAUUUCUUGAAUCUGCUGUUGAGGACUUCUGGUCCGCAAGUCCCUGUUCACUUGAUUCUGCCUGUCCUAUCAAGUGUUUUCUUGCGAAGGACUUCUCAUGGCGAAGUCCCUCCGUAAAUGUUCGACCCCUUUCCACAUUCAAUUCUCAUGUCUUGUACGAACUUCCCAUCGACCUUUUAUUUUUUCUGCUUGAGCUGUGUAUGACCUAACGACUGCAAUGCAAAGUUUGACUUCGACUAUUGGAAGUCGUAUGUAGUAAAUAUGUGAAGUCUCAUGUGUGGUAAAUGCUCCUCAAUCAGCUUAUUAAUGUGUUUUUAGUUGACAAGAUAGGCGCGGAAGUGUUUCCUGCAAUAGCUCAAUCCAUACAAUCGCAAUUCAUGAGCAAAGAUUUUUC